CUUGCGCACUACGUCCCCAGCCAACGGCUGCUUCCCGGUCGGGGACUUCCGGUGCGCGGGGUGCGGUUCCGGGUCGUGGCGCGGCUCGGGGCAACAGGGCUGCUGCUCGGCCGGCCAGCGGCAGUGAGCGGCGGGGGUAUGAGGGCGAGCCCGGAAAGCGGCUGCUGAGCCGGCCGGGAGAAGCGCCAGUCCUUGAGGAUUCCGAGAGUGCGGAGCUGGGGCAGGGACCGGGGGGCGCGGGGGAGCCGGGCCCUCCCCCCAGGAACGUGUCCCAGGGCCAUCCCGGCCCGUAGUGUGGCAGCAGCUUCAGGUGUAUCCGUGGACAAGUUUGAGAGGCACAGUACUGUACCAGGCUCCUUUUACCUGGAUCUUGGCAGAUGGUAGUUGAGCCCGUGAAACAAUAUGAAGAGGAGAAAAUAGCCUUUUAAGGAAAUUGGCCCACAGAAAGGAUGGCCUUCUUGGACAAUCCAACUAUCAUUCUAGCUCAUAUUCGACAGUCACAUGUGACCAGUGAUGACACAGGAAUGUGUGAGAUGGUUCUCAUUGAUCAUGAUGUUGACCUAGAGAAGAUUCAUCCUCCUUCAAUGCCUGGAGACAGUGGGUCAGAAAUUCAGGGAAGCAAUGGUGAGACUCAGGGCUAUGUGUACGCCCAGUCGGUCGAUAUUACCUCAAGUUGGGACUUUGGUAUUAGAAGACGCUCAAAUACAGCUCAAAGAUUAGAACGACUCCGAAAAGAGAGACAAAACCAGAUCAAAUGCAAAAAUAUUCAGUGGAAAGAAAGAAAUUCUAAGCAAUCAGCCCAGGAGUUAAAGUCACUGUUUGAAAAAAAGUCCCUCAAAGAGAAACCUCCAAAUUCUGGGAAGCAGUCUAUAUUAUCUGUACGCCUGGAGCAGUGCCCCCUGCAGCUGAAUAAUCCCUUUAACGAGUACUCCAAAUUUGAUGGCAAGGGUCACGUAGGCACAACAGCGACCAAGAAGAUCGAUGUCUACCUCCCCCUGCACUCGAGCCAGGACAGACUGCUGCCAAUGACGGUGGUGACCAUGGCCAGCGCCAGGGUGCAGGACCUCAUCGGGCUCAUCUGCUGGCAGUACACCAGUGAAGGACGGGAGCCGAAGCUCAAUGACAACGUCAGCGCCUACUGCCUGCAUAUUGCCGAGGAUGACGGGGAGGUUGACACAGACUUUCCCCCACUGGAUUCCAACGAGCCCAUUCAUAAGUUUGGCUUCAGUACUUUGGCCCUGGUUGAAAAGUAUUCAUCUCCUGGUCUGACAUCCAAAGAGUCGCUCUUUGUUCGCAUAAAUGCUGCUCAUGGAUUCUCCCUUAUUCAGGUGGACAACACAAAGGUCACCAUGAAAGAAAUCUUGCUAAAGGCAGUGAAGCGAAGAAAAGGAUCCCAGAAAAUUUCAGGCCCUCAGUACCGCCUGGAGAAGCAGAGCGAGCCCAACGUCGCCGUGGACCUGGAGAGCACCUUGGAGAGCCAGAGCGCCUGGGAGUUCUGCCUGGUCCGCGAGAACAGUUCAAGGGCAGACGGGGUUUUCGAGGAGGAUGCGCAGAUUGACAUAGCUACAGUACAGGACAUGCUGAGCAGCCACCACUACAAGUCGUUCAAAGUCAGCAUGAUCCACAGACUCCGCUUCACGACCGACGUCCAGUUAGGUAUCUCUGGAGACAAAGUGGAGAUAGACCCUGUCACGAGUCAGAAGGCCAGCACCAAGUUCUGGAUUAAGCAGAAGCCCAUCUCGAUCGAUUCUGACCUGCUCUGUGCCUGUGACCUUGCAGAAGAAAAAAGCCCCAGUCACGCAAUAUUUAAACUCACGUAUCUAAGCAAUCACGACUAUAAACACCUCUACUUCGAAUCUGACGCCGCUACCGUCAAUGAAAUCGUGCUCAAGGUGGAUUCUUUACCACUGUACCACCUGGGAAACCUGUGGACACUAUUACCCCCACUUCAUAGAUGAAAAUACAGAGGCCCAAGGCUCCAGAGCGCACAGAGGUAGAGUGUCCGCUUGAACCCAGCUGAGCAGUCCCAGACUCCCCCACCCCCACCCCACUUGAGAUAGAGUUGAGCUAAGCCGUGUGUGGUCCCUAAUUCUGCAGGCUUCGAGAUGAAUCUCAGAGGAAUCAUUGGUCUCUUCAGGUUGGGUUCUUCUCAUGAUCGAGUGAUGGAGGCUGUGACUUUAUUGACCAUGAAAACUCCCUAUAUUUUUAUGCCUUAAGCUGUAAAGUGCAUUGAAAGUGAAACACUCUAUAGUGCAUAAAAUUGUGCAAGUUUUAAGCCACAGCAUAUUAACCAGCUAAUGGCAGACCAAAGGGCGUUUUUAUCUUUUGAUUAUUACAUUAAUCUUCCAUUAAAAUUAUCUAUGUGAUUAUCACAAAGCAUUGAAGAUAAUAAAUUUAGGAAAUACUUGGCCUGUUAAGGAUCAUUUUUAAAUGCUCUUGUCAAGUUACAUGUGCCAAAAAUACACUGAAAACAGUAGGCUGGCUGAUUGUGCAAACAACUGAAUCCAAAGAUUGCUCUUAUUAAGCAUGAUAAAGCCCCUUCUUUCCAUGCAUCGUCUGUGGUGUCCCACGUCAUCACCCGGCCCUGCCGGCCUCAUGAUUUAUUGCUCUCAGCUGGUAACUUGGCGAGGCAGCGGGCCAAGCAUGUCAAGCCUUCUGUACUCAGACACCAGCCCUUAACGCCUGCUGCUGGCGACUGUCAGAGCAGAAAGUUUGGAGGGGAUGCCAUGACAGAGCCCCAGCCCCACACGAGCCAGGCAGUCUGAACUGCUCCCCCCCCCAGCACCUCCGUUCUUCCUCGAUCAGCAGAGGCCUCUCCCCUCGGGGCAGGACACAUGGCCCCCAAUGUAGAAUCAACAGAAGGGGUGGCUCAGUUCUCUAGCCAGGAGUAUUCAGGUUUCUUAACUUUCAGAUCUUUGAGGUUGGAGAGAAACGGUGUUGGUUCACGGACAGGCCCAGCCAGAGGGCUGCUGGGGCAGUGGGACAAGGGGCGUCUGAGGAGGUGAGGGGUGGGGGGCUCUGAGAAGGUGGGGAGCGGGAGAACUGAUUCAGGUUCUAACCCAAACUCUUACAAGCUCCGUAACCUCAAGUAAACAGCAUUACCAUUCUGAGCCUCGGUUUUCUCCUCUGUACAGUGGGGAUAACAAUAGCAGCCACCUCCUCCUAAGGCCGUUGUUGUUGUUUAGUCGCUAAGUCAUGACCGACUCUUCGCGGCCCCAUGGACUGCAGCAUGCCAGGCCUCCCUGUCCCGCACCAUCUCCUGGAGUUUGCCCAGGUCCACGUUCAUUGAAUUGGUGAUGCCAUUCAGCCACCUCAUCCUCUGCCAGCCUCUUCUCCUAAUGCUGUUGUGAGGGUUAAAUGAGGUCAUCCUUGAAAAGUGCUCCAAUCACUGCUGCUGCCCUGUGCCCCUGCCCAGCCAGGGGCUCACCCUCGCACCGGGCGCAGGUCUGAUCACAGCACUGCUGCCCUUCCCUGGCUCCUCCCCGCCUCACCAUGUCUGGCCCCUCAGCUUCUGAAUGACCGUGAACAUCCCCUUGCUGUGUUCCACUGUUGUGCCUCGAUGCAUGCUGGUUCUCCCUAUCCCUUGUACACCCCAAACUCCUGUUUAUCCCUCAAAACCCAGUUCCUUUAUCCCCUCACCCCACAUGUUCCCAUUAGUUACUGUCCCCAUUCCUUUCUGCUCCUUCUGUAUCUGUUGUCACACUUGUUCUGUUGGUCACUCACUAGGCUGUGAGCUCCUUGGGUCAGGAACCAAGUCUUAAUUUUCCCUCUGCAACGUGAGCCAAGCAUGGAUGAGGCUCAGGCAAGACAGGGACUCAGUGCCAAAGGUGAUGGUGGCAGUGGCCACCCAGCCUGGGGGGAUCUGAAAAGAGCCCAGGAGACCUCAGGGGUAGCAGUAAGGUUGACACUUGGGAGGCAGCCCAGCUGUGCCCCUGCCCAGGCUUCCCACGGUGCCUGUGCCAGCUUCGCCCAUGACCUCUCGGUAAUCUAGGGCAUCUCGGUCCCCUUCUGUGAGCCUCACUUUCCUUUUUAUCAAAUGAGCCACAGCAAGUGGGGCGCUUAUGAGCUUGGAAGUACCCCAACUGCUGGGAGGCUGAACACAGAGCCUUAUUUUGGUUUGGUUUUCAUCCCUGUGAUGUCUUGUCUUUCAGGUGAGCUAAGCGGGGCUCGGGGAAGUUGUGUGCGAGCUCAGGGCCGCACAGCAGGCGGGGACAGAACCAGGGAGGUUCUGGGAGGCAGCACGUGCUAAGGAGGGAACUCAGACUCAGGAAUCAGAAAAGCUGCACCAGAGACUCAAAGGCCUGCACAGCCACGUGUUUUCUUCAGACCUGUUGCCCCGUCAUGCAGUGGGCUUCGAGCCCACCCUUCAGGGUCGUAGUGAUGACCGGACUCUGUGCUCAGGGGAGCACCGGACCCAGGGGAGCACUGGACCCAGGGGGUGCCCAGGCCAGGGCCAGGCUCUUCCCUCGCUCGUCCUGGGUGAGCAGAGGGUGGCUGGAAGUGACUGGGCUGUGCUCUUGCUUUCUAGGUUAACUAUAUACUGGAAUCGCGAGCAAGCACUGCCCGGGCUGACUAUUUCGCUCAAAAACAAAGAAAACUGAACAGACGUACAAGCUUCAGCUUCCAGAAG